AUGCCUCCUCCGCCAGUAGAUGUUGAUGCUGGAGUCGCCACGAUGUGGCCUCCGGGCACCGUUCUGCUUGAGGAUGUCAACGCGGCGUCUGGCAAGAAAGAAAUUAUUCUUCAGCCUCGACCUUCGACCAACCCCAAUGACCCUCUCAACUGGGCUAAGUGGCGCAAAUAUCUCAACUUUGCCAUCGUAUGUCUCUAUUCCGCCAUGGUUUCCGAGUUUACCUCUUCUGCGACCCCGACAUGGGGACCCAUGCAAAAGGAGCUUGGAUUCAGUGACGAUGAGUUGAACAACAGCUAUGCCAUCGGCUGUGCCUUCCUAGGGAUUGGAUCUGUACUCCUCAUUCCAUUUGCACUCAAGCUUGGACGUCGACCACUGUACCUAGUCAGCACAUUCGCCCAGUUCCUUGUGGCGAUAUGGUCAGCCAAACAGAGGACGUACGGAGACCUGAUGGGCAUCAACAUCGUCCAGUGUGGGUUUGGUGCCCUUGGUGAAGUCAUGGUGCAGAUGACGAUUGCCGAUGUCUUCUUUGUACAUCAAAGGGGAAGCCUCAAUAGCAUAUACGUAUGGCUUUGGAAAGUUGCCGCCCCUUUAGGAUCCCUACUCGCUGGCUAUGUUUCCCUCAGCCGGGGUUGGAGAUGGGUGUGGUGGGGAAAUGCCAUUUUCAUUGGAGCUUUGGCCCUGGUCGUGGCCUUCUUGUAUGAAGAGACAAAAUUCAUUCCCGAGCCUGAGUCGGAUGCAUCGUCAAUUCACCCCGUUGAGGCUAAAAGGGCUUCUGGUCCAGAGAAAUCCGCAAAAUUUGGUGUUCAACCUGGGGAUGGAAUCCAAGCAGGAACCGAUGCCAAUACGGAUGCCAUUAUCGAAGAGAAAGGGCCAACCACAAACUUGCACGAGAUCCAAGUUGAUAAGAGUAUCCCGGAAAAAACCUACUUGGAGAAGCUUUCGCUGACUGGAGGAGUGUCUUCUGAUGCAAGUCUGAAGUCUUUUACGCGUCAUAUGUACCAGCCCUUUAUCCUACUUGGUACCAUACCCGCAGUGGCCUUUACUGCUCUCGUCUAUGGAAUAUUAAUAGCGCUCGGAGAUGUCAUAUCUACCUCCAUUUCGACAUAUAUGAAGAAACCUCCUUACAGUUUCAAUUCAGCUCAAAUAGGGUUGAUGAGUCUACCCAAGAUUAUUGGAGUCACUAUUGGCUGUGUUGUGGGAGGGCCGCUCAGCGACUGGCUUGUUAUAUUUCUAUCCCGCCGCAACAAGGGUGUAUAUGAGCCAGAGACCCGACUAUGGUGCUUUUGUCUUUUUCUCCCUCUGGUUCCAGCUGGUGCCAUUUUAACCGGCAUUGGACUUGGUAACGGACUACCAUGGCCCCUUGUUGCCCUUGGUGUCGUCCUCUACAAUAUGGGUAUUUCCCCGAUAAACAGUGUUGUGCUGACUUAUUUGACGGAUUCUUACCAAAAUGUCAUCGGCGACGCGCUUGUUGGUGUAACUGUAGUUCGCAACGCUUUCAGCACCGCCUUUAUAUUCGCCCUCACCCCGUGGAUCAGGAAAAUUGGCAUUACAUAUGUCUUCGUCAUAAUUCUUUUGAUUUCAGUUCUUAUACUUGGCCAAUUUGCCGUUCUUCUAAAAAGGGGCAAAUUAUUCAGAGCUCGUUGUGCUUCACGAUAUGAGUACUACUCCGCACGCCAGUAUAAAGAACGAGCUGUCGAAUAG